UCAGAAUAAAAGCUCAAAUCAAACAUUCCCGUUGGCUAACGUCGUGACGUCAAGACACGACCCCACAGUCCGGAGUCACAUGAAACGUUUCACUGCAGGUUUAUGCACCGUUUUCCUGUCAUUUUGCAGUGAAAAUACUUGGCAUUAGUACUGAAGCUGCUCUAUAACCUGCAGGAAGUUUAAAAAUCCAACAUGGACGAGGACGGGCUGCCGAUUGUGGGUUCUGGCGUCGAUCUUACCAAGGUCCCUGCUAUUCAACAGAGAAGAGUUGUUGCCUAUCUCAAUCAGUUUGUUGUGCACACGGUCCGGUUCCUUAACCGUUUCUCCACAGUUUGUGAAGAGAAACUUGCAAACAUAUCUCUUCGCAUACAGCAGAUUGAAACAACCCUGUGCAUUCUGGAAGCCAAGCUGUCCUCCAUUCCCGGGCUGGAGGACGUCACAAUAGAUGGACUCAGUCAGCGGCAAUCUGCUCAGGCCAAUGGACCCACUACUGCCAGUCAGAACCAAACAGAUGGUCCACCAGCAGGGACCCUGCCUCCCCCACAGCCUGCUCAGACUGCACCAGAGCCUGCAACAACACCAAAAGCAGAAGCAGCUGCAGAGAAUGUCAUGACAGUGGCCAAGGACCCACGUUAUGCCCGAUACCUGAAAAUGGUUCAAGUGGGAGUUCCAGUUAUGGCUAUAAAGAAUAAAAUGGUCCUGGAGGGUUUGGAUCCUAACUUGCUUGACACACCAGAUGCCCCCGUGCCUGAUAGAGGAGCGAGGAGCACUGAGGAUCAAGACGUUGAUGUCACCAGCUCUGACAGCGAAUCAUCUUUCAGUGACUGACAUCCGUCCCCAUCACCCACAAAGGUUCCUGUGAAGGCCAUCCAUCGCUACUCUGAGCUUCUGUAGGCCUGUACUGAGAAGGCGAUGUAGGUUGCAGUGUGUCUGUAAGUGGGUGCCAACGAGAAGGUGCAAAUGUAAGUGCCUGAAACAGGAAACUCCAAGCAGAGUGAUUGUAAUUUCAGUGUAAAAGCGUUGAAAUAGUUUUGCUUACAAUCGGUCAGUGACCUCCUCUGUUUUGAUACAUUUAGCAUUUUUGACUAAUUCAAAAAGAGGGAAUAAUUAUCCCUGUUGAUUAUGUUAGUCAUCAGAACAUGGCAGUAGCACGUUUUUUUUUUUUUGUACAAAAAAAGUGUAGAACUUAUUGCUCUUCUCUUUGGUUGUCACACUACUAUCUCAGUCUAAUGCCUUUAAGAGAUGCACUCGUCAGUUGAAAGUUAUUCAAAAAUGUAUGUUGGAUACUUUGAAUGUUUAACAUAUACAUUGUAAUUCUGUGUGUUAAGACCAGGGAGAAAAAUAUCACAAUAGUCUAUUCAGUGACGACCUAUUGUAUAUCAUAAUACCAGUUAGAUAGGAAGGAAAAUCACGCGUCUUUUAGCGUGACAUUUUUCAUCCUAAAAAUCCAUCAUUCUGAUCACAUUGUUCCAGGAUUAUUUUUGACUUGUUGACCUUUUCACAGAAUGCCUAAUACCACUAUUUCAGAGCAACAAGAGUUCUAAAUUGGUGUCUUAUCACAGAAUAUUGUAAACAAGUUGCAGUUAAGGAGCGUCAAGCUGUUCCAUAUGUUUAACGUUUGUAUACCCCCUACAGGGAAAGUGGAUAUUGUCUUUUCACAGUGAUCACCAAUAGUUACAGGUGGCCAUGUUUGAGGAAGGAAAAACUACAGUACAUUCGGUGUAAGGCCUCUUUUUCUUUUUGCACACUUUAUUGUAUCAUAAGAUGGAUUACAUUUUCAACUUUUGGACAUCAAUUUACACACAAUAAUGUUGAAGCAAAAACAUUUUAUAACUGAUUCUCACUGGGCGCGUCUGUGCUGCGCUGCGGUUUUGUUCCGUCCUCCGCCACGCGCCAUACCACACCGGGAGCGUCUCAGAAGCGGAGCGUCUUGCUGCCCAACUCGCAGAUUUUAUUGUCUCUACAAAUACUUUA